GUGGUAUUUUCAGAAUAUAGAGACGCAGAUAAAGUUAUUGUGUAUUACUUUUUAUUUAAAUAUACAUUUCACACGUUGCGAUAUAUAAAACACCGUUGUUUUGACUGCACGAUAACAUUGAAUAAAAGUGUGAUUUUUAGAAAGGCCAAUGAAUUUAAAUCGGGACUUCGGUGGCGGCAGAAGGGCGGUCGGCGGUCGUCCACUGCCGACUGAACCCCCAUACAAAGCGUACGUCGGAAACUUACCCGGCGGAAUCAUUCAAGGCGAUAUAAACAGAAUUUUCCCUGAUCUAGCAAUAAAAAAUGUGCGGCUGGUUAUGGACAAAGAGACAGAUAAGUUCAAAGGGUUCUGCUAUGUAGAAUUUGAAUACUUGGACGAUCUGAUAAAAGCAAUUGAAAUGAAUGGCGCUAUAAACGUAGAAGGUAAUAUUAUCAAAAUAGAUGUUGCUGAAGAAAAAAGAAGUGGCGGCGGGGGUGGUUUCGACCGCGGGCGGCGAGACGGGCGCGAGGGCGGGCGGGACGGGCGCGCGGGCGGGGGCGGCGGGUUCCGCCGGGAGGGCGGCGGCCGCGGUAUGUACGACCACUUCGACCAGCUCGACCGCCGCGCGCCUCGCCAUCAGGGUGGAGGGUUCACACAUGAGCGCGAGCGAGGCGGCGGCGGAGCGGGCGCGGAGCGAUGGGAGCGGGAGCCGGCGCGCGGGGCGCGGGGCGCGUCGGAGGAGCCGCGCGGGGACUGGAGCGCGCCGCGCCGGGCGCCGCCGCCCGCGCCCGGGGCUCCGCGCCGCAACUUCGACGAUAUGCCGCCUUCGCGACCCGACACAACAGGCAGACCAAAGCUGGUGCUACAGCCGCGGACGGUGAAAGAGCCGUUGAACUCUCUCGCGUCCACGUCGCAGACCUCGUCCAUAUUCGGCGGCGCGCGGCCCCGGGAAGAACGGCUCAAAGAGCUCACCCGCGCCGACUAGACGCCAGGCUGCCAGCGGACUAUACACACUUCACAUUACUUACGAUAGCUGUGCUUUGUUGCUGAGCCGUGUGGGUAAAACGAAUUGGGCUUGAAACCGGUUUUAAAAUAAUAAUAAGAUGAAAAAGUCAAGCCGGCAAGGCAGGGUUCGAUGCCAGGAUUUUUUCAUCUCAGUAUUUUCGAAAUUAGUCAAAAAGCAUGUGUGACAUGUAUAACAUUGAAACCGGUAUUUUGUUCUCGUAUGGAUAAACCUGAUCGACCUGGGCUUGAUACCGGUGUUUUUCUCUCCUGGUUACCCAAAUUAUUUAUAUUUGCUCUACUGCGAGCAGUUUUCUUGAGAGCAUGUUUUUUUUCUGGGUUUAACUAGAUUUGAAACAUGUACAAGACAAGUCCACACUAUGUUUCUCUUUCUUACUCGUUUGUCAUUGGUCAUUCAGCCUGAUAGCUACAAAGUAGUAGCUGAUUUACAUGAAGCAACUCCCACCAAACAGAAUUAAGUUCAUUGAAAAGUAAGCUUUAAGGCGUGCGUUGUAGACAUACUUCAUAUUAACACAAGAGCUGACAUCGUACAGUUUGCUGAUUUGUUGUCAAAGUAUACAAUACUGGAGACGCAAUAAAGUUCACAUUUCAAUCAACGUCAUUUUGUGUGUCGUUGUUCCCAAGCUAUACGUCCUCUGCAGAUAUGUCUGUUGUUCCUGAGAUAUGUUAAAAUCUACUUUUGAAAGUGUGAUAUCAGUAUAUUUGAUGUAACGUUAAGGAAGCUAGGUUAAUGCCCGUUUUUCCGCAUGGUUCAGAAACAAAGCAUAGCUAAUGAACGAUCAAACUAUGGAUCUUGUUUUCUCAUUCAAGUACCAAGUGAAAAUUCAAGGGUCAACAAUUAUUAUUUUACUAGGUAUAUAACAUACAUGUCUAGUGUAAAGUGUGUGUAUUCUUGCCAAUGUCAAGUCUGUAUAUUUGUAUGUCUGUACUCAUGCCCUACUACGUGUUCCCCGAUAUUUAGUGCAGACUUAAAUUGUAUAUGAACUUGAUGGAUUUUGUUAGGUUAUGAGGUUGUAAAUCAUUUUUAUCGUAUAUUUUGUUAGCUUUAUACGUGUAUUUGAGCUUGUUGGCAGCGGUGCGCCGCUCGGUUCCUUUCGCAGUAUUUAAAUUGCUAGCAUUCAUUCUCAACAAAUUGUCAGGGCUUGUGUGUACGAUAUCCGCUUGCAUAAUAAUUUGUUUCUAAAUUGAACAUGGAUCAAUAUUUUAUGCCAUUACGAUUUGUAAUGCAAACAUUAAUUAUUUUUACAUUUCUGUAUGUGGCGAUUAUUAGAGCUUCGUAAAUGAUUUCUCUGUUGUAAUUGUUUAUCAUUUAUUGAUUGUUUAGUUUGAUAGGUCACGAAAAUUAAUCAUUGAAGGAGUAAUUAUGAACAUAAUUUAAGAGUUGAUAAUGUGGUGAUGUAAUUACGGUGUCAUUAAUAAAAUUAACUUCCACGUACUUGGAUUUCUACUUUAUUAGAUAUUGUGUAAUGUAAUAAGUUACGUGGCAAAGUAAUAAAAAAAAAUCGCAAAAUUGUAACAGAACAUAGAAAAAAAUAAAUAAAACAUGAAUUCUUUGUAA